AUGGAUCAAAAUAUUUCCCGUAAAAAAAUUGACCAAUUUGUUCUUACAGGAUUUGACACUUUAGAAAAACCAGUGAUUGUUGGUUGUGUCAUACUUGCUGCAUAUAUUCUUACAAUGCUUGCAAACCUGGCAAACAUAUGCUUCAUUGUUGUUGAUAAACAGCUACACCAGCCAAUGUAUCUCUUCAUCUGCAAUUUAGCAAUUGUGGACAUGCUCUCCUGUACAUGUUCAUGUCCAACUAUGAUAGGCAUUCUAAUAGUUGGCUAUAAAACAAUAACUUAUAUAUCAUGCAUCUUUCAAAUGUAUGGCUUUAGUUUAUGUUUCGUGAUGGAGGUGUUUACUAUUUCAGUUAUGGCUUUUGACCGAUUAAUUGCCAUAAUCAAGCCACUGCACUACCAUGCAAUUCUAACAAACGUUCGCUCCAUUAUUCUCACAUUUUUAAUAUGGAUAUUGGGUCUUACUGUAAUAACAAUUGUUCCUGUUACUGUGAUUCCUUUACCAUUAUGCUCCUCAACUGUAAAGUAUGUUUUCUGUGAUUACGCAGCUGUUGUCAGAACCAGUUGUAUAGAUCCAACCCGCUAUUUUGAUUUAAUAUCAAGUUUCACCUUUAUACUGAUGUUUGGAACAUUCAGUUUCAUUUGUUUAUCUUAUUUAAAGAUAGUUUUUGUUGUUGUCAAAAUGACCUUAAAAGGUAGCAAGACAAAAGUGUUUCAUACUUGUCUAAGUCAUUUAAUUGUAAUAAUUUGCUAUUAUGGACCAACAUUUAUUCUAGCAGUCAUAACCAGGCUUGGGGUAGUUUUAUCACUUGAGGAACGAAAUGGCCUGAGAAUUGGGUCAAUUAUUGGUCCUGCUUUAGUAAAUCCUUUUGUAUAUUGUUUUAGAACUAAAGAGAUGAGGAAUAAAAUAUUACGAUUUGUGUCAAAAGUUGAACCAACUGAAUAA